GGGCGGGACUUCCGGCCGCCGAAGUUUAACAGUCCAGGCGGGAGCCGGAAGCCCAGCGCGGAGCGGGCCGCGGCCCCCUGUUGUGUCGCUGCGGAGAGGUACUUGGAUGCAUUUUACAGGUUAGCCUCAGUUGAGCUGUUGUCCUGCAAGUAAAGUGUAUUUUUGGUGAUUGAAAGUUGGAGAACUUUCAUUUCAGCUGAGUGGUGUAGUUGAAUUGGUUCCUGUAGCCGCUGUCCCUAAACCCAGGCCGACGUUACCGCCUUGUGUCCUGACUGCUAGCUUUCGACGGGACCCUCUUUGAGGGACUGAUGUAAAGUCUCUCCCUUAAAUGUGCUCAGUUCUCAGAAGACCGAGGCGCAGUCAUGCAGGAAAACCUCAGAUUUGCUUCAUCAGGAGAUGAUAUUAAAAUAUGGGAUGCUUCAUCUAUGACAUUGGUGGAUAAAUUCAACCCACACACAUCACCACAUGGAAUCAGCUCAAUAUGUUGGAGCAGCAAUAAUAACUUUUUAGUAACAGCAUCUUCCAGUGGCGACAAAAUAGUUGUCUCAAGUUGCAAAUGUAAACCUGUUCCACUUUUAGAGCUUGCUGAAGGGCAAAAACAGACAUGUGUCAAUUUAAAUUCUACAUCUAUGUAUUUGGUAAGCGGAGGCCUAAAUAACACUGUUAAUAUUUGGGAUUUAAAAUCAAAAAGAGUUCAUCGAUCUCUUAAGGAUCAUAAAGAUCAAGUAACUUGUGUAACAUACAAUUGGAAUGAUUGCUACAUUGCUUCUGGAUCUCUUAGUGGUGAAAUUAUUUUACACAGUGUAACCACUAAUUUAUCUAGUACUCCUUUUGGCCAUGGUAGUAACCAGUCUGUUCGGCACUUGAAGUACUCCUUGUUUAAGAAAUCACUACUGGGCAGUGUUUCGGAUAAUGGAAUAGUAACUCUCUGGGAUGUAAAUAGUCAGAGUCCAUACCAUAACUUUGACAGUGUACACAAAGCUCCAGCGUCAGGCAUCUGUUUUUCUCCUGUCAAUGAAUUGCUCUUUGUAACCAUAGGCUUGGAUAAAAGAAUCAUCCUCUAUGACACUUCGAGUAAGAAGCUAGUGAAAACUUUAGUGGCUGACACUCCUCUAACUGCGGUAGAUUUCAUGCCUGAUGGAGCCACUUUGGCUAUUGGAUCUUCCCGGGGGAAAAUAUAUCAAUAUGAUUUAAGAAUGUUGAAAUCACCAGUUAAGACCAUCAGUGCUCACAAGACAUCUGUGCAGUGUAUAGCAUUUCAGUACUCCACUGUUCUUACUAAGUCAAGUUUAAAUAAAGGCUGUUCAAAUAAGCCCACAACAGUGAACAAACGAAGUGUUAAUGUGAAUGCUGCUAGUGGAGGAGUUCAGAAUUCCGGAAUUGUCAGAGAAGCACCCGCCACGUCCAUUGCCACAGUUCUACCACAACCUAUGACAUCAGCUGUGGGGAAAGGAACAGUUGCUGUUCAAGAAAAAGCAGGUUUGCCUCGAAGCAUAAACACGGACACUUUAUCUAAGGAAACAGACAGUGGAAAAAAUCAGGAUUUCUCCAGCUUUGAUGAUACUGGGAAAAGUAGUUUAGGUGACAUGUUCUCACCUAUCAGAGAUGAUGCUGUAGUUAACAAGGGAGGUGAUGAGUCCAUAGGCAAAGGAGAUGGCUUUGACUUUCUACCGCAGUUGAACUCAGUGUUUCCUCCAAGAAAAAAUCCAGUAACUUCAAGUACUUCAGUAUUGCAUUCUAGUCCUCUUAAUGUCUUUAUGGGAUCUCCAGGGAAAGAGGAAAAUGAAAACCGUGAUCUGACAGCUGAGUCUAAGAAAAUAUAUAUGGGAAAACAGGAAUCUAAAGACUCCUUCAAACAGUUAGCAAAGUUGGUCACAUCUGGUGCUGAAAGUGGAAAUCUAAAUACCUCUCCAUCAUCUAACCAAACAAGAAAUUCUGAGAAAUUUGAAAAGCCAGAGAAUGAAAUUGAAGCCCAGUUGAUAUGUGAACCCCCAAUCAAUGGAUCCUCAACUCCAAAUCCAAAGAUAGCAUCUUCUGUCACUGCUGGAGUUGCCAGUUCACUCUCAGAAAAAAUAGCCGACAGCAUUGGAAAUAACCGGCAAAAUGCACCAUUGACUUCCAUUCAAAUUCGUUUUAUUCAGAACAUGAUACAGGAAACGUUGGAUGACUUUAGAGAGGCAUGCCAUAGGGACAUUGUGAAUUUGCAAGUGGAGAUGAUUAAACAGUUUCAUAUGCAACUGAAUGAAAUGCAUUCUUUGCUGGAAAGAUACUCAGUGAAUGAAAGUUUAGUGGCUGAAAUUGAAAGACUACGAGAAGAAAACAAAAGAUUACGGGCCCACUUUUGAAAUUUCAGUGAAUACCUUAAUGUUCUGUAAUUUGGGAAGUUUCUGGCAACACAGAACUACAUAGAAUCAGUAUUAUUUUCAUGGCCUCCAGGGAAAAAAUGUUUUUCAAGUAAGAGUAAAAGGGUGAUGGGAUUUUAUACCAACAACUGUUUCAUCUUAAAAAUAUGUAUAUUUUUAUAUUAAAAAUUGUACAGUAUGUCAUCUACCCAAUAGGAAAGUCAACAGGAUCUUUAUUUUUUGAAAGCUUUAGCCAUCCACUAAGUGCCCUUUUUCAUAAGAGAAGAAAAUUGUGCAUAAAAAUUGGUUAUGUUUGUUUUUUAGUCAUCUUUUUUAACAUAUAUUCUUGAUUGACAAAUUGCCUUUCAAAUUUUUGGGGCUAGUUGAGAUUUAAAGAGUUUGAUAUGCCUUCUAUUUUUAUGGAGAAAGUAAUUUUAAAAUGGCAAUUGGUAUUUCUAAGCCAUUGACUAAUAAAACAUAGGGUUGGCUAGUAAUUAUUUUGUUAACUUGAUGAAGUCAAAUAUGACUAUUAUUUAUUGUACAUUUGAUAAGACAAUUUUUGGAAUUUUGAAUUGCACAAAUUACAUGAUAUCUUUUGCAUUUAUGUUACUAUAUUGUACUUCUGACAAAUCUUUAUUCCUGGGUGGUAUUUUUAAGAUAUCUUUACCUAUAAAAAAUGUUUAAGGUUCAUAGGACUCGACAAGAGCUAUCUGGUGAUUUUCUCAUUAGUAACAUGCAACGUUGUACUGCAAAAUUUCAAUCAACAUGACAACUUAUAAUGAGUGGAGAUUUCAUAUUAGGUACUAAAUAUUAUAGUAUUAUUGCUAUUUUCUUUUUCCAAGUAAGAAGCUUGGAUUAUUUUAUUUUGUGGUCUUUAUCAUUAACUUUAAUUCUUUCUGUACUGUGUAUAAUAUUUUUAUAUUAUUGGCCUUACCAUAAAAUUAUUUAGAAAGGUUGUCAAAAUAAGUUAUACCUCUUUGGCAAUAGAUAGAUGUAUACAUCUACCUACUGUGAUCUACAAUUUUAGGUUAAGUGAAGCUUGGGGGGGCUACUGACUUGGUUACCUUCUUGUCUCUUGUCCCAAAGAUUUAAACUAUGUAUCUUUGUAUAGCUCUUCUGCCCCAUUUUGUCUUCUGAGAUGAAAGUAUUUACUAAAAUUUAAAAAAAAGAAAAACAAAACUUUAGCUCACUAACUUUAUGGGUUUCUGAAGUGAUGGAAAUUUUUAAGGAUAUAUUUAAUAAGCAUAAACUCACUAAUAAUUACUUCCAAAAAUAAAAACAGGAAUAUUACUUUUACCCAGUGUGGUUUAUAGCAUACAUUUGUACUGAAGCAUAUAGGGAUGUUAAUGUGAUCUUUUCCUGACAGAUUAUGAAAGCAUUAUGACUUGUAACAAGUUUCCUUGUAUAUCACUAACAGGUUUAGAAGACAUAAAUAUUAGUGUGUUUUGCCUACAUGGUGUAUUUAAAUCUAUUAAUAUUUCCCUGUUGCUUUUUUAAAAAAAUAAAUACACAUAAUGUAUAUUAAAAGAA